UGCCAGUAUCGCUUGUCGCACUUGCACGCAGUUUUCGGUUAGGUGAAAAAGAAAAUUAUUAUCUUUUGAAUAACAGUGUGGAAAGGAAAUUUUUAUUAAGCAUAUUUUACAAGUUACAAGAAUUGUCAACUUAUAAAUUUCGUGCGUUUAAAUUUAUGACAACUGUUUUUUAAAAUUGUCUACGUGGUAAUUCAAGUCGAAUCGUUGUCGACUCAAUUUUCGUUUCUUUCACAAAAAAACAAUUGUUCCGUGUGAAUGAACCGAGUUCCACUAACCGUGUGAAUCGUUGUCUUUUAUUGAUUUUUCGUCAGUAACAGUGUUUGCAGUGUUGAAUUUUCGAACGAAAUCACCGAAUAAGAAUAUUCGUCGCUCAAAUAAACCGUAUAAAAAGAAGACCAUAAAAAAGAUUGCGAAGAGUUAGUGAAGACAACAAGAUAAUUAAAAAAAAAAAAUCCAUUCGAAUUCUCUCCCGAAAAAAUAUAUUUGUUGCUGUUUCUAGUGUCGUGUAAUGGCGUUUUUGCGUUCAGUUACCCGCUGUAAGCAAUCGUUAGCACGAAAAUUCUCGUCAUCAAGUCGAUCAAGUGUCCACCGAAAUGGCCAUGUCUUUGCGGCAUUGAACAAUGGAAAAUUCUCACGGGCCGAACUAUUGGCAUGCCAGAAGUACUACAUUGAUUUGAGACAUGAAAUCAAUACAUCAAGCCAUGCAAACGAUCAAAAAACGUCGAUGUCUACAUUGGCGGCCACCAAGACCACGCCAACAUCACCGGUCAGCACUUCAAAUGAUGAAAAACCACAACGUGACCCAUUGGAUGUUAGCUUCAACGAUCCAAUAGCUGCAUUUAAAAGCAAAACAACAUGGGAAUUGAUUCGCGCCUACUUUGUUUAUUUAAUGUGUUCGUCUGAAUAUCUCGUUGAGAAUAACAUGAAGAUAAUGAAAAUUUGCAAAGCGAUUUUCGGCGAAAAACUCUUCGGUUUGAUAAUGAAGUCGACAUUUUACGGACAUUUCGUUGCUGGCGAGGAUCGCCACAAAAUCGUACCGACUCUUGAAAGGCUUCGUUCGUUCGGUGUUAAACCAAUUCUUGACUAUUCAGUUGAAGAGGAUUUAUCUCAGGAAGAAGCUGAACAACGUGAAGUUGAUGCUUCAACAUCGGCAGCAUCUACGCCAACUGAUGGUGCCAACUUACCACAAUAUACGGUUGAUAAAACAUUUGCCGAUCGACGUUUCAAAGUGAAGAGUGCCCGAACUUAUUUCUAUUUGAACGAAGCGACUUGCGAACGAAACAUGGAAAUUUUUAUCAAAUGCCUUGAGGCUGUGUCAGAGUAUGAUUUGAAAUUGCCAAACAGAUGUAGCAGCGGUGCUACAUUCGGAACGGGUAUAACAGCGAUUAAAUUAACCGCUCUCGGUCGGCCUCAAUUACUUCUACAAUUGUCAGAGGUAAUCAUGCAAACUCGUCAGUAUAUGAUGGAUAUGGUUGGCGGCCACGGCAAUGUGAUGUCGCAUCACAAAACGAUUAAGGACCUCGAACAGUAUUAUUCAAAAGUGGGCGAUAACAAGGACGUUAAGAACUUCUUGAAAAACAUAACAUCGGACAAAGAAGGAAUUUUGCAUUUAUUCCCCUGGUCGGGCAUUGUCGAUGCUGAUAGCGAAUUGAGUGAAACUUUCCGUGUACCAGAUCCGAAAACUGGACAAAUGAGACGGCUUAUCUCUCAAAUUCCAGCCAAAGAAGAGGAAAUGUUCCGUAACAUGAUCCGAAGAGUGAAUACCAUUGUAAAGGCUGCCGAAGAUUUAGAUGUGCGCAUCAUGAUCGAUGCUGAACAAACCUACUUCCAACCAGCCAUUUCUCGGAUCACUCUUGAAAUGAUGCGAAAAUAUAAUACGAAAAAGGCCAUUGUCUUCAAUACGUACCAAUGUUACUUGAAAGAAGCAUUUAAUGAGGUAUGCAUGGAUUUGGAGCAAUCGACACGUCAAAAUUUCUACUUUGGUGCGAAAUUAGUACGAGGCGCAUACAUGGAACAGGAGCGCGCAAGAGCUGAUGCUCUCGGUUAUACUGAUCCAAUUAAUCCGAGCUAUGAAGCCACCACCGAAAUGUAUCAUAAAACGUUGACCGAAUGCUUGCGACGAAUUAAGUUAUUGAAGGACAAGGGUGAAGAUGCGAAGAAAAUCGGUAUCAUGGUGGCUAGUCAUAAUGAAGACACGGUCCGUUUUGCCAUUGAAAAAAUGAAAGAGAUUGGUUUGUCGCCGGAAGACAAAGUCAUUUGCUUUGGUCAAUUGCUCGGAAUGUGUGAUUACAUCACAAUGCCACUUGGUCAAGCCGGUUAUUCGGCGUAUAAAUACAUCCCCUAUGGUCCUGUUCACGAAGUUCUCCCAUAUUUAUCGCGACGGGCUCAGGAAAAUAAGGGCGUUUUGAAGAAAAUCCAAAAAGAGAAAAGUCUUUUGAGAUCCGAAAUUAUGCGCCGGCUAUUCAAGGGUCAAUUGUUCUACAAACCGAAAGGAAAUUAUGUACCAAUCUAAGCGCGUCAAUUUCAUUCAUUUUAUCGUUCCUCCAUCCAUUACAAUGUUAAUAAGCAAUGUAUUUUUUUGGAACUGAGAAAAACCAACGCGCAACGGACGGCACACAUGCAAGCACACACAAAUACACAUACACGUACACCAACCGAAAUUACGAAAUGUACUCAAUUAAUUAUUGAACUAAGUAAACAAGAGAAAAACAAAAACAAAUUUUGAAUGUUUUGAAAAUUUAUAAAAAGAAAAAGAAAAACUACACAAAAAAAUCGUUGCGGAUUUUAAAUCCUACACAGAGAGAUGAUAGUUUAACAGACAGAAGGAUUAAAGAAAAAUGCAAAAUGCUACUUUAGAAUCUCUUAUUGUGCGCAUUUUGCGAUAAAAAUUCGUCAUAGAUUUUACAAUUGUGUAUUUGUCAUUUUGAAGAUAGCGAAGCAAAUGUAAACUGUGUGUAUAUUGUUUGUACUAGAAGAAAAAACAACAAUAAUUCAACAAAAAGUUAUUCCUUUUCAAUUAUUAUUUUAAUAUUUGCAAGUAUUUAUAACUUAAUUUAACGGUAUGUGAUUUUUAUUUAAAAUGAGAAAAAAAGCGUUUGUUUCAUUGAUAUAAGUUAAAAUUAGCCAACAAAUUCAGUCUGGAUAGACCUUUUUGUCACAAUUCGCCUCGGUAUUUCAGUUACACACUCAACCACACAAUAAAAUAAUCAAAAUAACGAGAAUGUACUUAAUUUAUAAUUCUUUAUAUUGUUCAUUUGGAUUUGAUGCAAACGGCAAUGACAUGUGAUUCGCACCAGGCAGGCCCGAAUAGAAAUUUACGAAAUUGCAUUACGAAAAUUAUACAUUGAAUGUUUUAUGUCCAUGUUAAUGAAAGAAAAAUCAUACAAAACAAAUUUGCGAUUUGUAACGAUAAUAAAUAAAUAAAAUAAUAGUUAUGAUGUCAUGAUCAAAAUAACUGUACAUUGAUUUGAUUGAUAAAAUAUAAUUGCUGUUAACAAGUUGAAAUAUUCUUCGAAUGAAGGAGCCUGUGUCAAGAUGAAUUCAUCGGAGCAGAUGAAUUAACUAAAAAAGGUGUUUAUUCUUUUUCUUUGUCAUCGCUUUGUACAGGUCAAUUUUAACAUUCAAUAAAAAUGACAGAGUUUUUGAUUUGGCCAAGCGCUUCGUUUUGAGAGUUGAAUUUGUUAAAACUGUGCGUUCAAUAUGUUCUAUAAAAAUGACUUUAAUCAUUCAAAAUGUAUUUCGGUUUGAGUUAUCAUACACACAGUAAGCGUUAGAUAAAAAAUGAAUAUUUUAAAAUCUUUUCUCGCCAAAAAAAUAAUAAAUUAUUGAAAAGCCCAUAAUUAGUCCAUAUGUAAUAUCAGCAAAAAAAAAAACGGCAGCAAAACACCACCAAAGCA